ACACAAUAUUUUUUUAUGCAUGGAACUAGUCUAGGCUAACUAGAUAUCAAUACAUCCUCGUACAUAUCGUCAGUUCAAUGACAUUUGAACUGCAGUUGACUGAUUUGUCAACUGAAAUAUAUAGACCAGUAAUAGAACAGUCGUAAAUAAGAGAGACGAGCUUCCACACGUUCCGAAAAUUAGAAAGAUACCGCGGUCUACGUAACGGCCACGAAAUUGAAAGAACAAAGUGCCGAGGAAAGAGUGAAAGAGACAAAAUCGCACACUUAUCUAUCCGUUUCUCGCAAUUUCACAGGGAUUGGGAAUUACCUCCGGAGCAACAUUAGGAUUCAUAAAGUUGGAUAAUAGAAGCCCCUAAUGGCACAUUUCAGGAAAUAAAAUUGGAGUGCAAUAAUAGAUUUUCAUUCGCUGGUCGGGACCUGAAUGCAAAGGAGAAUGGGGGACCGGGGUGGAUUCGCGAAUGGAUUGAAGAUCAGCCUGGCGUACUUGCAGGAUCAACCACUAUCUUCUCGAACUUCUUGUCGGUACUAAAACUAGCUAGGUCCAACUCAUCGACGGACACAAACAACAAUUUCGAUUCGACUAAUUCAAUUUCGACCCGCGAUCAGCGAUGAAGUGCUCCACUGAACUCCACCGAACGAAAAAAAAUCGAUUUUCAUGAAAUCCCAUCCCUCUGUCGGGGCUAAUCCCGUUAAUCGACGAAUGAGUUCCGAUGCGACCGUGUCGCGUCGUCCGACGACAGUUACCGAUCGCCGGACCGAAAUAUGAUCGACCUUCGUGACCGGCGGGAAUGAUAUAAAAGAUGAGAAGAGACGUAUCCAGAAGCAGCAAUGUCUCAUUAGACGAGGAAAACCGGAAUGCGCGCGCGCCAGUCGAGGCGACGUUGUCGUGUCUGUGGGUGUUGACUCCGCUCGUGGCGACGGUGUCCGUGCUCGUUGUGUUCCUGAGUAUGGCGACCAACCAAUGGCUGCACACGGAGGAGAAGAUGAACAAUCCAGCCUACAACGGGACCGGGGAGAAGGAGUUCCUGUCCAAAUUCACCAUAUCCGGGCUGUGGACUUUCUGCUUCACUAAUCCCGGCGAAAUUUUCUAUCAUUGCAACCGAAUAGAUUACUUCUCCAAGGAAAGAUACAGCCCUGACCCUGCAGAUUCUGCAUUAGCUAUUCCAUAUACUGUGACGAGAACAGUCAUAUUCUUCAUAUUUGCCAGCUUACUGCUCAGCACUGCCUAUGUCUUCAGCAUUAUGGGACAAUGUGUUAAAAACAGGACCGUCUACACUUUCAUAUCUGGAGUGGUAUUCACCGUAGCAGGGUUGGUGAUGCUCCUCGCGCUCAUCAUGUACAUCUCGGUCUUCAAGUCCGAGAUAGGCAGCAAACUCCGAUCCCGCAGUCACUUCCAACCGGCCCCCUUCGUCUACUGGUACGGCUACAGCUUCCUCCUCUACAUCGUCGGCCUGAUAUCGGCCCAAAUCUCGGGCGUAGCCUCCAUAUUCCUCUUCAUCUACAAGAUGCGACUGGAAUGGAGGUACGAGAUCUACAACGAACUGAGGAGGGGAAAGAAGAAAGCGCAGCGGCCGAACCACUUCGUACACCACGAAAGAUCCGUUUACUACCCCUGUAGGAGGCAUCCGGAGGCGUACAUCAACUCCAACAGCGCCAUCCACUUCCCUCCCAUACCCCAGAGGCGCUAUUUUUUCAGCAAGGAACCCGUCAGCGAUUCGCCGUGCAGCGUUCACAGAAUACCGCACGUUCGGUCGCGCAGCAAUUCCGUCAAAGACGAUCUAUCGAGUUUCUAUGACUUUCCGCCGCCGCCCACGAUAAGCUACCAGUUCGACGACACGUUCAACCGCGAUAGUUUUAGACGUUUACCGAGAGAUGUCACGACGAACACGGUCUCCACGACAGCGGACGUUAAUUGUGAUAUGAUGAGCGAGCGUUUCGAGGACUUCUCGCCCAUCGUCCAGCACGAACGCGAAUUCGUCACCUUCAACCUAGACCAACCGUUGCCUCUGAGAUCGCAGUCUGUGGUUUCGAUCAGCUCCAAAAGCGACACGCUCAGACGAACUACCCCAGUGUAAUGGCCAUGUGUGUUCUGUGUUCUUCAUUUUUCUCGAACUUCGCGAACCACAGACGUUUUUCCCGCAUAGAGGAUGUCGCAAAUCAUAGAUGCAUUGUCUCUAUGUUUAUGGGUGGCAUAGAACAUAGAAAUUCAAGAAGAAGCGUUCGAUUAGGUUACAGAAUUUUGUAAGAGGAGCUUCUGUGUUCGGAAGUAGUGCUUAGUUGCACCCACAGACUACUCAGUGGUUAAUCUGUUGUUGCACCGAAUGAUUCUCAUUUCGAAAACACGUGGACUCGAAAUAAAACGAUUUCUUCAGAUGUUUAACAAAAUUGGUAUUCCUAACAUACGAAAAGCCUUCAAUUUAUGAUGUAGCCUCGAAAUUUAUUUUCAUAUUUGCUGGAUAUUUUAGGAAAUGAACGGUAAUCUUGAAAUGGUAUAUGGUACAAGCUAAGCAUUACUAGAAGACAAAGAAGCACCAAAUGUUGGACGAUUUUUGUUUCUUACCAAUGGAAAAUUAUUAGAAUGUUGAACUACAUCUCGUUUCAAAGUCGCUUGAAAAUAUAAUUGAGAAAAAAUUCACAGGGAGAAGAUCAACUGUAACAAGCUGGGGACAAUUUUUCCAUACUAUAUAUACCACUCUUUAGAUAAAUAUUUCAAAAACAUAUGAUCUCAAAAGUAAACCCAAUAUUCUGGGAGUUUCAACCUUCAUCUUCGGUAUUUUCCGACCAAAAACAACAUUAUGAAUAGUUAUUUCAUUAUUUUCUCUCAAUAUUCUUUUUUCUAAACACGUACUAAAUGAAAGAAAUGUAAAUUGCUUUUGAGAAUUUCAUCGCCAACCAACGUUUCUACAAAAUUCAUUGUACUUAACGGAUUUUCUUGAAUUUUAUAAGAAAAAAUUUUGAAGGAAAGUGUUUUUUCCAAUGGAAUUCAAAUACUGUUGAAAAAAAAUUACCUACGGAAACUCCCAAAUCUCGAAAAAUGUACCCCUAUCUGUUCAUCCUAUUACUAUCCAUCAACCAAAAAUUCAAAUCGUCAAUAUUGGAAUCAGUGGAACUCUGGAUGGACAAAAAUCGAUUAUUUUGUUCUUUCGAUUAGGUUAAUAAUCUUGGCAAUAUUGCCACUGUUGAUUGACUGAAAUGUUUUUAUAUAUAUUAAAUGAAUUCUAAAAAUGGGUGUAAUUUAAGUAGUAAAUAUUCAAUUUAUAUGUUAUGACUGUAAUGAGAACAUUUUUGAUGAAACCGAAGAAGAUAUUUGCGCAGCUGCCUAUUUGAAAAGACAAUUCAGUUUUAGAUCAUGGACUUAUUGAGCACAGAAUAGAUAGCCCACUGUGAAAACUAGCUUCAGCGCCAUCUGUUUUUCCGGCACAGAUACUAAUGUGGGGAAAUAUUGAAUUUUCGUGUAGUAAUCGGACAAACAUUUCUGAAAAAUUCCCAAAGAAAAAUCACAAAAAGGUUCCAAAUUAUUUUCAAUGAAUCUUGCAGAUCACCGAGGUUGUUUGAAUUGACCUUUCUCCUAGCCUGCUGUGCGAUUUCUCAAAAAAAGGGAAUCGGUGUGUAAUAUGAGGUCACUGUCAUAUCUGUCAGAUUUUCAUAUAUCACAAUUUUGUUUUCUCGGAAUCCUGAAGAAUGAUCGGAAAUUUGUCAUCAUCCCAACAGAAACCUUCCCUGAAUUGUUGUUAAGGGAACAGUUCUCUUGGCAAAAAUACACAUGUAUAAAUUCUGAAUGACACACGUGCCAAUAAAAUAAAUUUAGAAUAUUUUGAAGAAAAUACGUUUUAUAAAAAUAUUACCUAUAAUUUCAUUUGUUGACUACAAUUGUUGAGAAUAUUUAUAACGGCAGAUAUUUGAGAACCAUUAGUUAUGAAAUGUAUAUCAACAUAUCUCAAUAUUAAAAUUAUAUUAUGAA